AUGACAGCACUCAGACUCUUGGCCGUGCUGGCCAGCCUGCUAGCAACCUCCAGGGCUGGCUCGGCCCCUCUGGUGGACAUAGUGGGCGGCAGGAAGGCCCGGCCGCAGGAGCUCCCGUUCCUGGCUUCCAUCCAGAACCAAGGGAGGCACUUCUGUGGGGGCGCUCUGAUCCACCCCAAGUUUGUCCUGACAGCAGCCAGCUGCUUCCAGAGCCGGAACACUGGGAUUGCCACCGUGGUGCUGGGUGCCUAUGACCUGAGGCGUCGGGAGCGGGCCCGGCAGACUUUCUUCAUCAGGAGCGUCAGCGAGAAUGGCUAUGACCCCCAGCAGAAACUGAACGACGUGCUGCUGCUGCAGCUGGACCGUCAGGCCAACCUCAACAGCGGCGUGGCACUGGUACCACUGCCAGAGCAGAACGCCACGGUGGAAGCCGGCACCAGGUGCCAGGUUGCAGGCUGGGGCACCCAACGGCAUAGGGGGCGUCUCUCCCGAGUUCCAAGGGUCCUCAAUGUUACCGUGACACCUGCAAACCAGUGUCGCCCCAACAACGUGUGCACUGGUGUCCUCACCCAACGGGGUGGCAUCUGCCAGGGGGACGGCGGCACCCCUCUCGUCUGCAACGGCCUGGCACAUGGCGUGGCCUCCUGGUCCCGGGGGCCCUGCGGUAGGGGAACCGACUUCUUCGCGCGUGUGGCCCUCUUCAGGACCUGGAUUGACUCAGUUAUAAACCAGCCGGCCUGA